AUGAUUACUCUUCUUUCACAUGACAAAGAAUCUUAUACAGUUGAGCAUGCCAUUGCAGAGCGCUCCGUUCUGCUAAAAAAUAUGCUAGAGGAUCUAGGUGAUACUUCCGACACCACUAUUCCCCUUCCAAAUGUUGUGGAGUACUGUACAUAUCACAAAAACGACCCACCUCCACCUCUGUCCGAAUCUAAAGAGGAUGUUGAAGUCAUUCGUCGUCGUGCCGACAAUAUUUCUGAAUGGGACAUGCAGUUUAUAAAGGUGGAGAAUGACGACCUUCUCGAGUUGAUUCUUGCUGCAAAUUAUAUGGAUAUUAAACCGCUACUUGAUCUCGGGUGCAUGACUGUUGCCAAUAUGAUCAAGGGAAAGACUGCCGAAGAGAUUAGAACUGCUUUUAAUAUUGAAAAUGAUUUUACUCCUGAAGAAGAAGAGCAGAUUAUGAGGGAGAAUGAAUGGGCGGCAGACGCUUAA